AUGCCAAAUAGAUACAUUGAUCCCACCGACAAUCCCGACCUAACCGCCGAACGGAAGGGCUGUCAGUUCGACACCAACGAAUUCGCCGCCGUUCUUCGCGGCGGACACGAAAAGUUCGCGGAUCGGAAGAGAAUCGAGCGGUUUGUGGAAAACACGCCCGAACUGAAGAACCUGAGCACCGACACCUCGUACGGCGCCAAGAUUGAUUGGGUGGAGAGGGCGUUCAAAAGACACGUGGUCGCGAAAAAAUACCAAGACCAAGUCGUACAGCGAAGCAACCGAGAGGGAUGGGAGUAUUACAAAGCGUAAGUUAUUUAUUGCCAAAACAUUGUACGCAAGGAAUGGUAAAUAACAUUGAAAGAUGGGCAAAGAUUCUUAUAUCAGUCUGUCGGGAAAAUAAUGAGCACUCUGUUGCAUCGAAAAGCGCCGCCGAGAAAAUGAAUAAUUUUGCGGUAAAAUCAAAUUUCUUUUCGCCUCAGCGAUACACUGGGCGCAGCGACAUUAUUCCUCAUUAUUUUUUCCGACAGACUGCUGCCUUCAGACCUCUAUAAAACGAACGGCAAGAUACCAAAAAUUUUUAUUUUUUGUAUAGACGGGUCUUGUUGGAGCGAACUCCUUUUUGCCCUAGAAUUGAGCCUUAGGAUACUUAAAAGUGUUUGUUUUUGAUAGAUUUUAAUGUACAGGGUGGGCCACUCGAAACGGGUAAGUUUUUUCUUUGGAUUUCUCCGCGGAGACUCCGCCGAUUUUCCCGAAAUUUAGAUUUUUCUGUAGCUGAGACCCGCCAUUUUUAACCGGUUGAAUUUGAAAAAAAUAUAUUUUGAAUUGACCUUUCUAUGCCUUCCCAAAGUUUCGAAGAAUUAUUUUCGGGCCGAAACCGCUAAAACUUGGAAAAUUUUUGGAAUGAUUUCGAAAACGUGGUCAUUUUUUCGAGUUUUUGGAUGAAAUUUUCUAAGUUUUACUUCAGAUAACCAUAAAAUAUUGUCGUAAAAACAAUUUUAUUUAACGACCUGUUUAUUAAUAUUUCUAUCUGAGUUCGAAAUGCCCAUUUCCUCUCGCAGCACAAACUUGUAGGAGCUUUGAGAGUCAUGAGAGUCGUGAACAGCUCGAAUUGCAGAUCGUGAACAUCGUCUAUCUUUAAUCGGGCUGGGCUCCAAGCUUCAAUGACUUGGAGCUGGGGCUCGUUGCCAAUUGUGUAGACUUUUGCAAUCUCGUUGAAAAAUUGGUUUUUUUUUGAAAGUUCGUACCCUAUCGGUAAUACAAACAACACUAUUUUUGCUUUCAAUUUUCCUUAAACAGGUUUAGAGAGAGCAUACGCAACUUUUUACUUCCCGAUUUUACCAAAAAAAGCCAAAAAUUUUCCAAGUCCGAGAAAGUCAAUUGAAAAUCAUUCCAAAAAUUUUCAAAGUUUUAGCGGUUUCGGCUCGAAAAUAAUUCUUCAAAACUUUGGGAAGGCACAGAAAGGUCAAUUCAAAAUAUAUUUUUUUCAAAUUCAACCGGUUAAAAAUGGCGGGUCUCAGCUACAGAAAAAUCUAAAUUUCGGGAAAAUCGGCUUAGUCUCCGCGGAGAAAUUCAAAGAAAAAACUUACCCGUUUCGAGUGGCCCACCCUGUAUUCAUUGUGCAAAAUGCUCUGCGAUAUUUCAAAGCAACACUUCUUUCAGGCUGACUGUUGGCGUGAACGGCGCACCCGGCGGUCUCGCCGAUGUAAUUGUCAUCCCGUUGCUCGAGAAUUGCUGCGACGAAGAGCAACGCAAGCUGUUUUUGGAGCCUGCCCGCCGUUACGAGCAUUAUUCGGCCUAUGCGCAGACGGAACUUGGCCAUGGUAAUUGUGCUUUUUUAUCGACCAAUAUUCAUUCUUUUAGGAACAAACACCAAGGCUCUCGGAACAACCGCAACUUUUGACCCAGCCACCCAAACGUUUGUACUGAACACACCAAACCUGCAGUCGUACAAAUGGUGGCCCGGGAAUUUGGGAAAAAUCGCUUCGUGGUGUGUUGUGAUGGCGAGUCUGAUCACGAACGGCAAAAAUCAUGGAAUGCACCCGUUCUACAUUCAAAUUAGAGACGAAAACACGCACCUACCACUUCCUGGCAUUACAGUCGGCGAGACUGGAACAAACUUUGGUGCAGUCGCCAAUGACAACGGCUAUUUGGCGCUGGACAACGUUCGGGUCCCCAAAACGGCGAUGCUGGCAAAGCAUUUUCAAGUGAAGCCCGAUGGAACCUACGUUCAAGGAGUGCAUCCAAGAGUGGCGUAUGUGGGAAUGAUGUUUGUUCGGUCGGUGAUGACAAAAGAAUCGAUGGGAGAGGCGCUGGCGUCGGCGGCAACUAUUGCAACGAGAUAUUCGUGUGUUCGGCGGCAAGGAGAGAUUGAGCCUGGGUAAAAAGUCUUUGACUUUUUAAGGUAGUCAUCAUUUUCAGAAAAGGCGAAGUGAAGAUUAUUGAGUACCGAACACAACAAUAUCGGCUGUUUCCACAGAUUGCCCGAGCAAUUUGUUUCUUUUUGGCUGGUGAUCGAGUUACUGAGCUCUAUUUCAAAAUGUGCGAGGACCUAAAGAAUGGUGAUGUAAGUUACGGUAUUCGCUGUUUCCUGUAACAUAUGAAAAUAUAUGUUAUGAUCCGACAAAUGCAAAAAAAAAUUAAAAAAAAUAAAAUAAAAUUUAGGCGUCUCUAAUGGAAGACGUUCAUGCUCUUACCAGUGGACUAAAGGCAGUGUCCUCAUAUCAAGCCUCUCAAGGAGUCGAACAGUGCCGUCUCGCCUGCGGCGGUCACGGCUACUCGAACGGCAGUGGUAUUCCACUUAUCUACACGCUAGUGGUGGGCGGUUGCACUUAUGAAGGCGACAACUUGGUCAUGCUUCUCCAGCUUGCUCGGUACUUGAUGAAACGAGCCAAGGAGUCGUUGACGGGCAAGAAGCCGAAAGGUCUGGCUAAGAUGGCCGAGCACUUGUUUGUGCGGUCCCGAGAUCACUGCAGCUACAGUUUGAACCAAAGUCGGCAACAAAGGUGGUACGAGAUCAAGGCGGCCUUCGAGCAUUUGAGUAGAAGACUCACGUUUAAGGCCUUCAAUAUUUUAAAUGAGGAGUCUAAGAAGAAUAAUCAUGAAGUUGCGUGGAAUAACGCGUCCGUCUCUCUUUCCAAGGUACCAUUUUUUGUCAUCUCAUUGACAUAUCAUACGAUGAAAAACUGGUCUAUUCUUUUAGGCGGCUAAAGCGUUCACCAGAGUCUAUUUGGCUGACUCUUUCAUCGAAAGUGUUGCUCAGAUUUCCGACAUGAACGUUAGGUUUGUGUUUGAAGACUGUCUCGACUUGUAUUUGAACUACGAACUUCUCGAUUGCCGAGCCGACUUGUUGGAGGUAAGCCUAUAUCCCCCACUUAAAAUUGAGGUAAUUUCAGGACAACUAUGUCACCUCUCGAGUCCUUGAAGAGGUCCAUGAGAGCUUAUUGGAAGCCCUUCAACGUAUUCGACCGAAUGCCGUCAACAUCGUUGACUCGUUCGACUUCCCCGAUCGACUUCUCAAUUCCCAGAUUGGCUCGAGAGAUGGCCACGCAUACGAGAAUCUGUACAAAUGGGCACAGCAGAGUCCGCUGAAUGAGCAUCAAGUCUUACCUUUCCAUCACGAAACUAUUGGCAAACUUAUGAAAGAGGUUAAAGCUGUCAGCAAGCUGUAA